AUGGUAGAUCACGAAAUUUCAGGUGCCAAAGAAUGGAGCCUAGAGGAGGAAAAACCGCCUAAUCCUCAAACAAGCGCUGUCAGGAAGGACGAGGAUGACGAGCCUGUUGAUACUGAUAGAGUGGUGGUCCCUAAAAUCCCAACAGGUCCCAGAGCAGAAAGGAACGAGAUCAAGGUCACCAUCCCAUCGGCACCUAUAUCGACUUCAACGCGCACAUUCCGUCUCCCGAUAUCGUUUGGGCACUUUAAGGAGAGGGCCGCGGAGUAUAUCAACGGGCUAGGAGCUGGCGGCGGUAGCAUUGAUGAUUUCUUGUUUGAAAAGAUAAACCAGGAGACGGGCGCGUUCAUUCCACAGCCAAAGAAAUUUUCUGAACAGUGGCUUCAGAUUUGGGGUGACCCGGUUCAAGUAGCUACCGCCCGGAGUGCUCUCAUUCGACUAAUCGAUCGCUGCUUGGCUCAAGGACCAUCGAAGAAGAAGAAAGAAGACUUUGCAAAAGUUUAUAGCUACUCAGCCAGCAAGGAAGCACGGCUUGAUCAGAUUGACAAACACAGUAUCGUCAUCGAGCAGCUCCGUCGAAAACCAGAUCCAUCCCUUGAAUUCUCAGAAAGUCUGCUCUUUUUAUGGCCGACCGACGAGGUGCCCCUUGAUUUAGCACUCGGGUCAGAGUUAGAGGCUCUCGACCCCAUACGCCGUGAGACAGGUUGUUGCAUCUACAUUUACGACGAGCAGCCGUCGUUUAUUAAAGUAGAUGGCGAUGAUCAUGAAAAGAUUAUCACAGUUGUUAAUCGGCUUCGUGCUAAAUGGGUUGAGGUUAUGGCAAAAAUCCACAUUCAGGCUAAGCUCUACCUGGUGCAGUCAGCUUCAGCACAGGUUAGGAAGAAUGAAGUUGCGGUAGUUCGAGUCGCUCACUCAGUUGGAGGAAUAGGACAUACUUAUGCAACACCGGUGCUAUAUGGGACACCCCUGACUGCAAUGAAAUUGGACUUCUGGCACGAACAAGAGGAAAAUGCCGCCGCGAAUAAUGAACGUCGCCUAUGUGAGACAAUUGAGGAAUCACUUUACGGAAUUCAAUUCCUACGUGGCCAUGUCCGUAUGCGCGUCAAUUUUGGGACUUUUAUUCUGGACGAUUACCGGAUGCCCAAGGGGUCAAGGGCUCGAUACACAUUCGAUGAAUUCAGAACUAUGUUACUCAAUCCUAGAACCAGGGGUCAUCUUGUACCAGGGCUGGAGUAUAACUGUGGUGAUACCAACCUUGUUGCAAAAUGCGCUUCGGCCAGCCAUAUUCUCACGAACCUUCACGGCCCUCACGAAGCUCCCCUAGAACAACCGGAACCUUUAUAUUCUGCUAAUUUUGAGUUCCAGGGCAAUGAAACCCUAUUGAGGCUAGAAGUUGAAUUCAAGAAGUCUUCCAUUACAAACGAGUAUGGACUUGGUACCAAGCGCUGGAUACAUCCACAGGGAGAGGAUAGGACGGGGGAUAGGAGGCCACCCCUUCAAGUUGCUGUCAUCGACUUCGAAAGGUCUGACUGGCAAUUGGAGAUCAAAGCGCUCGAAUUCCCGGAGCAGUCCACCUUCGAGCAGUCUCUCAAGGAGUUCUGGCAUUCUCUACAUUUCAAGCCUGAAGAAAUUGCCAAUCUGAGCGGCCCUGGGAAAAAACGUGUAUCAUUCUCAAACCGCGUCCCAAUUGCCAGGCAUGUUGAAAAAUCAGCCCUACAGUACCGACUGAAAGGAACAAAGUACAUUUUUGAACUCGCUCGAUACGAUGAAUACAGACGCGUUCAGCUGUCGGCCGCUCAACUUCUGCUCCAAGGGCCAAACACGAACUACAUGCCAACUACCCCUGUAACGUCUUGGGGGGCAUCCAUCUUUCAUCCGGAAUGGGACAACGAGCUUGGGAAGCACGCCAACCUCCAAGUCGGGCAAAAAGCAGAUUGGUGCCCUAACCUAAAGACUUUCUUCCCCCUUCUUGGUGAUGCAGAUCCAUCUGACCUUCGCAGCGGAUUCGACAGCUUUAUGCCUCUUGUUAAACAGGUUGCAUCCCUCCUUGGGCCAGAACAUGAAAAGGACCUUAAGAAUAAGGCCUUGGAACAGGGAAGGGAACAAACAACGAAGAGUGGGGAAGAGGGUAGCUCUAAUCCUUCCACAUCUGGCGUCGUAGAGCCCAUUGAGCCUGAAUCCCAGGUUUUUGAGACACAGGGGAAGGAAGUCUCAAAAAGCUCGACCCUGGAUACAUCUUCGCGUGACAUUCCAGGUUUGGAGGAUUAA